AUGGCACCGAUAACAUCCUUACCAGAAGAAUUGAUACCCAUCAUUCUCGGUUACAAGGAUAUCACCAUCGAGGAUAUCAUUAAUUUCCGAUGCGUCUGCAAACAAUUUCGUUAUGCAGCUAGCUAUUCAAAUUAUAUGGAAAUGAAAUUUUCUCAAAGAAGAACUGGUUGCGAUUUAACCGAAAGAUACUAUCACGAGAAACUAUUUACGCCCAUAAGGAAAUCUGAUAUACAAAUAAGCUUGCUCAAUUUUAUUACUUUACCUGACAGAGCGCAGCUUAUGGAAUGGAUUGCCUUUAAUGUAGCACAAACUUUACAAAUCCAAAAGGAUGUAACGUACGCUUACGUAGUAGAAUCUUUGGAUAAUAUCGCAUUAGAGGUACAAAAUUAUCUGAAAAAAGAGCAUCCAGAUCAUUCGAUAUUUUCGACGCCCGCUGAAACUUUUUCUUAUUGGAAAAACAAUAAUAUAGGCGAUAAUCACUGGAACGAAGCGGAAGGAAUUCAGAUUAUCGAUGCACUCGAUGAAUACAUAUUUGGCAAAUUAAAUUUCCGACCGUGCAAAGUGAACGAUACAAAUCUGGAAUACAUGUGUAUAGAUAAUUAUCUAAUGUUAAUAGCUUAG